AUGGUAAACAAGGUAUUACUGCCUCGAGCUGAGAGAAUAUCUAUCACCUCUUGUGCAUACUUGUUCCUCAUGGAAGCACUGAACAACUUCACUACCAUCAAUUUGCCUGCGAUCAUGAUAGAGCACAUGAAUAAAGUGGCAGACUUUAAAGAUGGUGAUCAUGGGCUGACAUAUGGGUUCCUUCUCACCAAGGUUUUUGAGCACUUCAAGGUUCCUCUAGGACCAGCUAAAGUGGGCACCAAGAAGCAAACAUUCUCUAAAGCUACUCUUGAAGAAUGUGAAUAUUGUACUGUGACAGAGACAGUUAAUACGGAUCAGCAGCCAAAGGUGACCGAGUCACCAGAACUUCCAGAUUGGGUUAAAAUUGUAAAGAAAGAGGAAACAGUGGUUGACUUUGGAGAUGACGACUUCUUACUUCCCUCAUUCUCAGAAUGGGUAAAAAAUGAGAAGCUUCAUGCAAGGGAAGUUGAUGUGAGAGGUUUGGCAAGCGAUAUUGCAGACAGUGAUGUUGAUAAGAUCAACAAAUUAUUGAGGUUUCAUUUCAAAGCACCCGAUGCUGUUGUAGAUGCGUUGAAUAACUGCACAUUUGAUGUUUCAGAGUGUUUGGUUGAGCAAAUUUUGAAGAGGUUCAGUUGUGAGUGGAUACCUUCUUACGGGUUCUUUAAAUGGGCAAAAGUGCAAAAGGGUGUCACACUUUCCUCUGAUUUGUAUAAUCUGAUGGUUGACAACUUGGGAAAAUCGAAGAAGUUUGAUCUUAUGAGGGAAUUGAUGGACGAAAUGAGUCACUUGCAAGGGUAUGUUUCAUUGAAUACUAUGAUUAAAAUCAUGAGAAGGCUUGCCAAGGCUGGUAAAUAUGAGGAUGCAAUAGAGGCAUUUAAAAGAAUGAAGGAAUUUGGCGUACAGAAGAAUACAAGUGGUAUGAAUGCAUUAAUCGAUGCAUUGGUGAAGGAAGAGGGCUGCCACGUUUUGGGCUUAUUAAGCCCUAUCCCAACACCUUAA